CAUAAUAUAUAAGAUCGAGUAGUUUAUUUAAUUUAGAUGAAAUAAGCAACAUCGAUCCAUAUACUUUUUAUUCUUCGAAAGAUGGAUCUUCAAUUAGACCUUAAGAUUACCAACACCACAGACAAUGAUCAUCAAACGACUGACUUCCGGAAUGCUAAAGUUUGUCCUAUUUUUCUAUCCAAAGAGACCCAACCUAACUUUAUUCUUACUGCUCAUCUUAUAGGGUAUAGAAUGGAAGAUAUCAAGAUCGACAUAAACGAAGAUGGAACAUUAAUUUCAAUUAGUUGUGAAAACAAUUCCAAGGCGGUGCAAGAAAAAGAAAUGGUAAUGAUGCACAACAAGGAACCAAAUUUAAUAAAGGUGUUCAAAAUUCCUCAAGGAGUUUCAUUGGAUGGAAUUAAGGCCAAUUUUAAUGAUGAUGAAUCGACGUUGACAAUCUACAUGCCCAAGCUAAACAAAGGCAUUAAGUAUGAUCAACAUAAUUUGGAAUUGCUAAGUAAUGGAGGAAGGGAAAUCAACCAAGUCGUUGAGGAAGAGGAGGAAAUAGUUGAGAAAAAGCUAGGCCUUGGAGAUGGUUUUGAAACUAAACAAUUAGGUGAUGAUUUGGAUGAGAUCAAUGAAAAUGAUACUACAAACUGUAAGCUAUUUGGGCCUUGUUUUUUUAUUGGGUCCACUUUAGCUGCAUCUCUUCUAAUGUUGUUUCUUAGAUUGGUUAAACCAAUAAGCCAUUAAGUGUUGCUCCUUUGAACGCCCCUUUACUUGUUCAACAUUCCUCCUUUAUCAACGAGGAACUUUCAACCUCAUAUAUGCACCAACUAUUAAAAAAGAGAAAAAAUAUUCUUAUGAAUGUAUAAAACUUUAAUUCCCAAAGUUAUGUACUUGAAUAACAAUUUAUCAUAAAAAAAUUUCUACCUUCAUUUUAU